CCCGCCCUCCCAACCUAAGUUAUUCCUUGUCAAUGGUUUUUGUAGGCUAUGUUUAUUACCAAGUAGGUUAUUAUAAUAUAACAUAUUAUGUAGAAGAAAAGAAAUUAAUUUGAUUUGAUAUUAAUUAAACGACAAAAAUAUGACAGAAAAUAGUUUAAUUGACUUGGCUGAAGAUGACCCAUCAGAUGAUUUUUUAUGUAAUGCUUCUGGAGAGUUUGAAAAAAAGAAGUUUGCGACUGAAGUAGAUAUAUUUACGAAAAAACAUGAGGAAAAUAACGUCAGUAAAAAUGAGGAGAGUGUCGUUUCUACCACACAACAGUAUUUUUUGUAUGAAGAUAAAGAUCAUUAUAAUAAAAGUGAAAGAACAGUCAAACCGAACACUAGUAGUUCAUGGUUGAGUAAACCUAACAAUACCCUUAAAUUAACAAAAAUAGAGCCAAAAACACCUGCAGGUUAUGUUUACACAGACCAUGUGUUUGGUUUACGUAUCACAAACCCAUUAAUUUCCUCACAAGUUUUAAAAGAACGAAUGAUUGGUAGAAAAGCCAUCCCAUUUCUUAAACUGAAAAACUUUGUGCAGUCUCAAGUUACAAAUAAAGACUGGGUGAUUGGUGGAGUCUUGGUUACUAAAUUUCCUGUUAAAACCUUUCAAAAAGGAAAGCAGUACUCGAUGUGGAAAUUGUCAGAUUUAAAAAGCAAUAUUAAAACUAUUACGUUGUUUUUGUUUGGUAGUGCUCAUAGUGCUUUUUGGAAAACCACUACUGGGACUGUUUUGAGUGUAUUGAAUCCCAAUGUUAUGGAAAGUAAAAGUGAUUUUAAGGAUGAGGUCAGCUUGACUGUGGACAACGCGCAAAAGUUGAUGAUACUGGGCCAAUCAAAGGACCUGGGCGCGUGCAAGGGACUGAAAAAAAACGGCGAACGCUGCAACGCCGUCGUGAACGUAAACCUGUGUGAGUUUUGCGUCUACCACUUCAAACAGGAGUACCAGAAGUUCACCAAACGAUCGGAAUUAGCGAACUUUGCUGGCAGAGUAGUAUCGGACUUUUUUUACGGAGAAAAAAAGUACGCUGUCGUGCCGGCGAAAAAAAGUUGGAAAUUGGAGGAGAAAGACUUGAACAUAUUGGACAGUUUGAACGGCAUGCAUCAGAAAGUGGUUGGCAGUACCGACGCAGUAAAAAAGAAGCGCUCCGCCACGUUAGAGGUAUUGGAUUUGGAGAAAAUUCGCGGAAAUAAACCAAACUUAAAAUCAAGCCUAAGAGAUGUUAAAAGUCAAACAGUUCUUAACAUCAAACCUAUACUAGAAAAUAAAGAGAAUAUACCACUAAAGGAAAAAAUCAUUUCAAAGAAAGAUCCGAUGGUACAGACCAUUUCGACCCUUUCAACUGCAAAGAUGAUGAAUUUAAAUGAACCAAUCACACCAAAGCAUAUAUUACGAACUGAACGCAACGCAAUAAAGUACGUACCAAAAAACGUAACCAUCAAGAAGGCCGAUCCUAAUAGCGUUCAAAGCAGCGACAAUAAGCGGAAUUUUGAGGAACCAAAAUCGGAUAACCCUGCGGAAUCGUUGUUCACUCCGUCGAAUACCAACAAAAAAUCCAAGUUGAAAACCAACGAGUUUAUUUCGGACCGCUCAAAGAAAAUAAUGGCGCAAACGUUGACACACACGGACCAUCUGGAACAAAGGUAUCACCCAGAGGCCGAAGAGUACUUCUACAAAUUGAAAAUGAAGGAAAAAAUGGAGGAAAACAUGUCAAACACCUACAAAGUGGCCUGCAAAGCGGUCACCUGCACGGUGUGCAAAUGCACGAGAUUCCAGGCAGCCGAAAAGUGCAAGACUUUGAAUCACCCACUCGAAGUAUCGGACGCAAUGAAGCGGUUUUUCACAUGUGGCAACUGCGCCAACAGGCUUGCCAGCUUGAAGAUCGUGCCGACGAAUUUGUGCAGAUACUGCGGCGCGGGAAACUGGGAACCCACGAGCACGCCCUGUGGAUCAGAGGCGGCGGGACAACCAACGCCAACUUGGAACUGAUGGUGCCCGAAUGAACGGCAAAAAACAUGUACACUGUUCACAUCUUCAUAUAGAAAAAGAAAAUCAUGACUUGCGCGGACCGGUCGUUUUGAAAUGGAAAGUGGAUGUACAUACAUUGUAUGUAUGUAAAUUUUUAAAAGUUUUUUACAAAGUCUGAUUAUAAUAAUUAUUAAUAAUAAUCACAAUCAUUUUUGUGACAACAAUUGAUAGUUGUUGUAAAAAGAAUAUAAUAAAUAAAUUAUGGUGAUAAAAAUCA